AUGGGUCGUUUGUCUCGGCAGAAACAAGUUCUGGGGUCUAUUCCCAUCAAUCCGAACGAUUGCGUGCCAGGGAUGAUGAUUGACCCUCGGGCGAUCGAAUACCGAGCAAAUAUGACGGAAGCUCCCAAGUACACCCUUGACAGUCAGCCGUCAUGGUUACCUUUGGGGUGGACCAUGGAGCGAGCAAUGGACAUUACGGUUGAUGACUGGGAAAAUCUUACUGAAGAUCAACAAGAUGCUCUCCGUGCAGGAUUUGAAGCGCAUUGCGGGUCGGAAUUCAAAGGUGAAGUAUUCAAGGACAUGUUUGACCGGUCAAGGAUAGAUCCGGAGGAUUUCAAUCCACCCAUAACGGCGCCAAAUUUUAUGAGAGACCUGCAACGUUACCACUCAACGGGCGAUUGGGGCUUUGUAUUCUACCGCACUACUUAUGAACAGGAUGACGAGGAAUGGUCUAAUAUCCAAAAACGGCUGAAUGCAAUCAUUGAGUCUAUCUUUGACUUCUACAGCACCAUCGAAGGCGUCAAUGAAGCAAGGCUCAGAUGGAAACUGCAUUGGAUGGAUGACCGCAAUGAAUUCAGUGACAUGAACCCGCACAGUAUCGCUGCACAUUACCGAAACAUGGUGGAGGAACUGCCACCAAACUACCAGCACUCGAUGUGUUUUGCGGUUGAUCAGACCUCGGCACGCUCAAUCUUACUCACAGACAUAACCCGCAUGCAAACGCGCCCUCUUCUUGGAGACGUUGUCCCUUUUGUUGUCGCUAUCGAUCAGUACCUUGGCUGGAGCGAUCCAGGCGCGGAAGCGGUUGAAGAUGCCGAAGACGAAGAUGAAGACGAGGAUGGCGAAAACUGGUGCGGUCCAUUCCGCGCUCACCCUUCCUCGAUUGUCGACGAGAUCUACACCAUCAUUGCAUCCCAGAUGAUGGAAACACACGAGUUUGCCUACGCUGCUCGGGGGACAGAUGACGUGUGGUGGUCUUCUUAUGAUGCCGGAGUAUGGACUGUGGAUGGCGAAGGACGACCCCCGGAGAUUUUCCGAGACCCACUCGGAAAACCACCGACUCCCCUCAAAUCUCAAAUCGCGUCUUUGCGCCGCGAGGUGUCAGCUGGUCUCGGUCAAUCAGUCACCGAGCAAAAACUAGGUUUCGAUACCGGCAUUGCGACGACAACAAUCGCACAUCAAAGCUGGAUUGAUUACAUGCAAAACCCGUCAAAUGGCCUCACCGGUGCAGUUGUGUCUGUCUAUAUUGCCGGCGAGGCCGUUGGCGCCUUGACUCAGACUGCCAUCGGUGACCGUCUUGGUCGUAUUCGAUUUAUGCAGCUCAUGUGUAUCUUCGUUACUAUUGGUUGCGUCAUUCAGACGGCUUCGGUCAAUAUCGGCAUGUUCCUAGCCGGUCGAGCGCUCGCGGGUUUUGCUGUUGGGGGUAUGGUUGCCACAGUGCCCAUCUACCUUUCGGAAAUUUCCCCGCCCCAGCAUCGUGGGUUGAUUGGUGGUAUAUCUGGCUGUGGUAUCUCCUUCGGAACAAUGAUGUCGAACUGGAUCGGCUUCGCAUGCGGCUACGCACCCACCGGAGCCCUGCAGUGGCGCUUGCCCUUGGGUAUCCAAAUACCCUGGGGAGUGAUCAUGUUUAUCGGUCUUUCCACCUUCAUGCCAAAUUCUCCGCGUCAGUUGAUCCGCCAUGGGAAAGUAGAAGAGGCACGCCGGGAGUUUAUGAAAAUUCGACGCGAUCUACAUUCCCAUCAGAUGCAUAGUGAGUUUGCUCUUAUGAGAGCGCAGAUUGAGUAUGAGAUGCAGCGAGAGAUCACCUCGUACAAGGAGAUCUUUAAGCUAUUCCGGCGCCGAGCUUUCGCGUCUAUUGCGGUGCAGACGAUGACAUCCCUAACGGGGGUGAAUGUUAUUCAGUACUACCAAACCACCCUGUAUAAAUCACUUGGUAUCGGCUCCCACAUGAUUCUCGCUCUUGCUGCAGUCUACGGUACUGUGGCAUUUUUGGCCAACUCUAUCACAACAAAGUAUCUCACCGAUCAAUGGGGUCGGCGAAAUAUGAUACUCACUGGUCUCAGCGGUAUAAUUCUCAUUGAGAUCUACGCUGCCGUCAUGCAGCGUGAAUUCCAAAACACAGAUAACCGUGUUGGCAAAGGAUUUGCCAUUCUGGGAAUCUACUUGUUUGUGGUUUGCUAUUAUGGCAUGCUGAACAGUACAACCUGGCUCUAUGGCGCCGAGAUACUCCCAAUGUCAAUGCGCAGUAAAGUCAUGGGCCUCGCCGCGGCAUCGCAUUUCAUUGUGAAUGUAGCAAUUACCGAAGCCGGUCCCAGCGCAUUCGCCAACAUCCACGAGAACUAUUACUACGUCUUCGUCGUAUGCACCGCCUUCUUCUUGGUCAUUGCUUAUUUAUAUUUCCCAGAGACGAAACAGAAAACCUUGGAAGAAAUUGCCGCGGCCUUUGGCGACAAAGUUGUGGAACUGGAGGAGAACGAUGUUGCUGUGGAAGAGGCGGUCAUGGGAGCCAAAGCCGGAGUUGAGCAUGUGGAGUGA